UUCUGCCUCAGUUGACACACAAUCAUGUAUGACUGUUUUUUUCUGACUUCCUUAGAAGAGCAGUGCUAUAUCAUAAGUGAAUGUGAUCACUUACCACAAUCACCAGAGGGUUGGGAUUCAGAGAAACAUCAGACAUCGUGAAGAGACUUGAUUCAGGAUUUUCUCUGAAGAAUGGAAAACCUCUUUGUUAACACCACCCUCCUCAAUGAAAGCUUUAUUUUCGACAGUGAUAGCUUCCUUUCUUGGUAUGAGUAUCACAUAAAAGUCAAAUUCACCAUGCAUGUAGUGACAUGCAUCAUCAUUGGCAUCGGUCUCCCUUUGAUGCUCAUGGCCAUCUAUGCUCUGUGCUCUCUGGUGAAGAAUGAUCAUGUGGCUCCAAUCUACAUCAUCAACCUUUUCAUAUCUGACUUCAUUCAGCUCUGCUGUAUGAUCAUUUGGGAGUCCGAACCUGAGGAACAUAUGAUAAAAAUCAUUGUGGAUUCUAUUUACAAAUUUGGCCUAUUAACUAGUGUUGGCUUCAUGGUGUGUAUUUCACUGGAAAGAUAUUUGAUUAUCGCCCACCCACUGUGGUACCACUUCAGACGAAGCAUCAGGAUCUCUGUGGCUGUCUGUGUUGUUGUCUGGAUCAUAUCUCUUGUCUUUAACCUCGCUGUGCUUCCCUGGGUUACUUUGUUUGUUGAACAAAUCAUCCUCUCUUUCUUCCUUAUCACUCCCUUACCGCUGUUCAUAUUCUUCCUGGUUGGGACCCUCAGAGCCCUCUCUACUUCUGUCUCAGUCCCCUCAAAUGAAAAACGGAGAAUCGUGGCCAUUUUAGUCCUGGUGCUGCUGAUUUAUACAUUGCUGUUCCUGCCCUGUAUUAUUUUGUUCACUACAGCAGCAUACAUCCAUGAUGACACUCUGUAUGACCUGUCCUUUAUGUUUCUAAAGCUGAGUCCACUUGCAGACUUACUUCUGUAUUUUUUCAUCAGAAUGGAGACUGUUAGCAAGCUUUGGACCUCUGUGUGCUGUUGCAGAAAGGAGAACAAUGACACAAACUUCAACACACUUAAUUUAGCCGACAUUUAGACCAGUGGUGAUAAAUGAUCAUUUGUUUACCUCUGCAGUUAAUAACAAAAAAAUAUUUAAAAAAUGACUAUACUUACUCACUCUAUUGAAUUUUUUUUAACUAAAAUUUCACUUACACAGUUAAAGUUUGCUGUAUUUAAAUAUGUGCUUCAGAGUAGUUUAUUUUCAUUGUACAAUGGGCAAAUUGUAAUAAAUGUCACACUAUCUCUUAUUUGACUCCAAUAAACUAUUUCACAUUCAGAUGCAAAAGUAAAUUCUCAAAUAUAACAUCUUGUGAUGUUCAUUGAAAAAGAAUAAGCUGAAAUCUAAGAAAAAAACGUGAUGAAAACUUUCCUUAAAAUGUCAGACUUUUUAGUUGAUUACUUUGAAAAGUACUGUCUGGAAAUCUUUAUGUUAUGUACUCUAUGUUAAGAUUAAAAGUCAAAGGUUCUGCAAUUUUUUCACUUAUAUCAGAUGAAGAGAGGCUAAAUAUCAGCUCAAUUUUUACAGCGGGAGAUGUUUGCCAUAUUCUGCAUAUACUGAUAUCAGAUCGGAUGUAUGCUCUCAUACAGUGUGUUGUAAUUUAGUUUACUUUUUUUUUUAUAAGAAUCUUACUAGGAACGUUUAAGUUUUUUUUUAUUCCUAUCUACAAGAACCAUUUCCAAAAAGUUGGGAUCUUCUGUAAAAUGUGAAUAAAAUCGCUAAUAUACCUCCACACUAUGAUGAAUGCUGGCUUUAGAGUAUUACGUUUAUAUCAAUCUGGAUUAUAUGGAACGAUUAGACCAUGCACACUUUCCCACUUCAGGUCCUGACUUUUUAUAACUUGUGUGAAAGUAAGGUUAACCAGAAAAAAGAGAUAUUAAAAUAGUUCCUGGUGAAACUCUUGGCUCUCUUUAUUUAACAAGUGAGGUCUGACAAAUACGUUCUUGUCUCAAUAAAUGACUCACACUGAAUAUCAAUCUGAGAAAAUAUCUGAGAAAACAGUAGCACCUCAGAGCUAAAAGCCACUAUGUGUAGAGGUGAAAAAAUAAAGGUAUGAAGGUGAAAAAUGAAGUUUAAUGAUUGUGAGUGAAUCUGAAGCAUGUCUGAGUUUCUGUAAAAAUCUACAAAUUAAAGAGAGCUUAAAUAACCCUCACUGGAAUCACUCAAUAGUACACUCAAAAGAAAUGAACUAGAGGAAUUGUUCACCUUAAUAAUAUUUGGUAUUUUCAGGUAACUUAAAAUAUAUCUUUUGUUAGGUUUAAAUAUAUAUAUAUCAAAGUCAAUGUAAAUUUGUCACUUGUUCCCUUUAAACUACAUUUAUGUGUUUGGUUGACAUAAAGCAUUUAAUUUACCUCAAAGAGGGCUGCAAUACUUGUAAGAAACAGUUGGUGGCAGUAGUGCAGAACAGAAACUCAUCACUGCCAUAGAAGAAGACGUUUGAAAGCUAACAACAGCACAUGCACACAGCUGCUCCAUUGUAGUUCAGCUUUAUAUCUUCACAUUUUGGCGGACUAUCUGACUAACCUUGAGCUUAAAGAGGUAAGAGAAAGCUUCUCUAAAUCUGAAUAUUUUUCCUGAGUGCAUUUGUUUGUGUUUUUUUGUACAUUUUUUUGAGACACAAUUAAACUUUGUUUGUGGUGUUUUAAGCUAGCCUUGCAUCGACUUACAUGAAACCACUUGAACUCUGCAUGUCUUUAAAAACUGUUUCCUCUGUGAAAACACUCUGGUUAGUUUAGAUGUUAAAGUCUGUUCAAAUGAAGUCGGUGAUCUGAAAACAGGCGAGUUUGGCUGAAUAAACUCUAAUUAUAUAUUGAUUAGUUUGACAGCAGACAAGCUCUGUUGUAAGUGAAGGGGUCCUGUCUAUGAAAUGAGUAACUAGUGAUAGAUGUUUGAUAUUAUUUACAUGUCAAGUGACUGAAAACGUAAAAAUAAAGUCCCAAACUGUUUUUUUUCUUGUCUGUUUUUGUGUCAUGAAGCUACAGGUGCCCAGUAGGACAUGAGCAGUGAGACUCAGCUGAUGGAACAGGGAUCAAAUAAACAUGAUUUUAAGGUCGUACAUUCUACAGUUAUUUCAUGUUUCGUGUUUGUAUUUAUCUGUUUUUAAUUUUAUAUAUAUUCAAUUCUGUUGUUGUAACUCUUGAUAGUACAGCCACUGAAGAACGAUUAUCGCUGAUAGAUGAAGUAAAAUCUUUACAACUUUACAGUAAUAUUUUAUCACUCUCUCAGGUACAUGUUAUCAUGAAGAGGACGAACUGUGCUAGCUGACUCUCCUAUCCUACCAGAGGUUAAACAGUCCCACCCAAACCAUCCAGCAAGAACCACGGUGGAAACCAAACCUGGCAUGUUCAUCAGAGAGGAGGAUCUCCCUGCCAUCAUCACAUCUCUCCAGUGUCUGAGACUCCUCAGAGCACGGAGAACUAAAGUUGCUGACACUGAGGCCUCCUGACUGUCCAAGACUAAAUGCCUGAGGUGAUUUGCUCUCAGCACCUCCUGGAAAGCUGAGCACUGAGGGUCAGGCGCUUGUGCCUCCACAUCCAAAUGUUGCAGCGUGGCUUACAGCUUUCUCCUGAAGCUUCUGCAGCUUCACUCUGCUGUAUCAAGAGUAAGCUUCUAUCACACUGGAGUUAACCAAGGUAGCUUUCUUCUGGAGGCAGAAUUUGGGGGGUAUAUCUUUCUGUAAAGUCUGCUUCCACCAGUAAUGAAUAACAACAUAUUUUGAAAUGAUAUAUCAUUUAUUUCUUUUCAUGUGAUUUCAAAUGUUUAGUGUGAAUCAGCCCCACCUGUGGCAGGCACCAAGACAACAAACUUCAUCAGCCAAAAAAGGUGAAAUGUCUAUGACAGGAAGAACAGCCUAGUCAGUUCUCACGUAUCCUCCCUCUUAAGACUAUCAAUGGCCUCUAAUGUUUGGAAAGGCAACAGCUGAUGUACUGUAGGUGAGAAUUUUCCUCACUAAAAUUAAAAAUGUCCAUUAAAAUACAAUGCAACAGUUGAAUAUGUGGCUGGUCGAACUUAAAUCAAGUUACAGUAAUAAUUCAGAUUUCCUUUUCUUUUAACCUCACUCAUGGUGUUUUUUAAAUUCAGCUAUAAUUCUCCUGACAAGAAAUAAGUGACUGUAGUUCCUUGCACCAAUAGAGUAACUUUGUUUGAACAGCAUUACGUUGUUUGAUGUAGAUUUCAGAUUGGGCCUUAAAGCGCACUUUAAUGCCACUUUUGAGAAUACUUGGCUUUCUUUUAAUUUAGUCUAAUGAGAUUAAUUUUAAAUAUGUAGGUUGAUGCUACCGUCAAUAUCAAAACAAUAGAAAGUAUUUUAUAGCAGUUAAAACUCAUGUUUG